GGACCGACUGUACCGAUCUUCAGCCGCACUGGGCUCACCUACACCACGCUGAAUUAAGACUGGAAUCUGGAAUCUGGAUGAACUCAGGAUGCUGCUGAUGUUUGGGAUCCUGUUCUUGAUUACAGGAGCUGUUGUGGGUUCUCUGUACCAGGAUCCUGCUGUCUGUACAUUCUCCCCCAAUAAUCAGAAUGUUUCAUGUUAUGCUGCUCUUGGACGACGACUUUACCUGGAUCCUCCUCAGAAACUGCCCAGGAAUCCUGGGUUUACACUAAAGAAGAUCAACAAGCCAUCUGAUCAAACAAUAUUAACUUAUAAUAUAUACAAAAAGAAUUCAACUGUAAAUGUACCAGGGUGGCAGUUUAUUAUUAAUAAUUAUACAAUAAUAAUAAAUCAUACAGAGAAAAGUGACUCAGCAACAUACAGAUUAGAAAUCACUGAUGAUAGCGGGUCGAUCAGAGAAACUUUUCUUCAUCUGAACAUCGAAGCUCCGGUGUCCUCAGUGACGGUGACAGAAAACUGCUUAUCCAUUCCACAAAGGAAAGUGUUCUGUACUGCUGAGGGAGACGAGCUUCAGUACUGGUGGAAUGUUAAAUCAUCAGUUCCACAUGUACUGGACAAAGAGAACCAAACCCUCUGGGUGGAUAAAAACUUUACUGGAAGCGUCACCUGCCAUGUAAAGAAUCACGUCAGCACUGAAACCAGAACCUUUGAUCUACAUCCGUGUCCCGGUACUACCACCACCACCCCGACGACGACCACCACUGCAAGCCAGACCUCGGGAAACAAUGCAACAGCCAGCCUGAUUAUCAUGAGCGUGAUCAUGCUGCUCCUCAUGCUGUUCUUCAUCGCAGCUUUCUACAUGUACAAGAAGAGACAAGCUGCCAAGAAGAAAGAUUCCUCUCAGGAAGGUGGCGAGCUUGUUUACGCUCGGGUCUCCCAUAAUUCCUCACCAUCAACAAACAGCGCAUCUCAAGCUCAGGAGGACGGUGUGGAAUACGCCACGGUCGCCACUCGUGACAACAAGAAGAAGCCGAAGCAGAUGGAGGACGAUGUGCAGUACGGAGAGCUGGUGUUCAAUAACGCUGCCAAAAACAAGCAAAAGAAGAUCAAAGCUCAGGAGGACGACUGUGUGUACUCGCAGGUCCGACAGGGCCGAUGAGGUUGGCAUCUACACCAGGCGCUAAACUUUAAAAAAAUGACUGUUGUGGUAAAAUUUGGUACUGGCGACAUUCAUUACUGCGAUAUCAUAACCAUUACUUCUUAAUAAUACCAGUAAGUGGAUUGGCUACUCAAAAAUGACCCUGGGUGUAACUGUGAGUGGAUGGGUGAGUGCUUGAAAAUAACGCAAUGCAAUGACUAACGUGUAUUACACCUUUCACCCAGUGUUUCUGAGAUAAGCACUGUUCCCACAGCGACCCUGAUCAGGAUUAUGCGCUCUGAUAAAUAGUGGUACAGCAUGCUGCAUUACACGCUCUACCACACACACACACACACACACACACACACGGCUGAUUGGAAUGAACUAAAGCACAAAGCCACAAAUGAUUCCUCUCACGUCCCCUUUUGAAUUCAUUUCCAGAAUAAAACGACCGGAUCUAUUUAAAUGCAUUCAAGUUUCAUAGCCGUCUGUGAAGUGCGACGGCGAUACAGGAACAUAAAAACAUUAAUACUAAAACUAUUAAUACGAAAUUAAAACAUGAAGGUUUAAGCGUUGCACAAACGUUAAACCAUUGCGGUGAAGAAUAAGCGUGUAAGCAACGUUCACAACCACACGUUUAUCCACAGUCUCUCGUCUGUGUCUGCCAGACAUACGAACACAUCUGCAGUACACACAGCUUCCUCUUUCUCUGGCUCUUGUGCUGAUUUGUGCAAUUUUUUUGAAUUACAAAACCUCCUAACUUUUAAUAAACGCUUCCUAAAACUUG